UCCUCACUGACUAUGAUCUUUCUCAUGGCAUCAAUUUCCAGUUGCAGCGUGACUCUGCGCAUCACCAUUCCAAGGCCUGUCUCUUUCAUCCAGUUACAGAUGGCUUUUUUGUUCCAGAAAUUUCAAGAGGCUGUGAAAACCCUUGCAAAACACCCUGCUUUUGCUAAGGAUCCUAGACAACUACAAUUUGAAGCUGAUAUUAACCGCUUGUUCCUUUAUUCGAGCUAUAAUCGUCUUGGGGGAAAUGCCAAUGAAGCAGAUGCAGAAGAGAUUAUUGAAAUGGCCAGUAGGGCCUCUGUUGCUGAUCAACAAAUGCAAAUACAAGAAAAUCUUCAUUCACAAAUCAAAACAUUUUGCUCAAUCAUGGAUGAAAUUCUACUUCCAAAUGAGAAGAUGGUAAAUGAACAUCAACAAGAAAGCACUGUUCCUCGCCGAAGUGGGCUUAGUUUUGCAGUGGGUAGGAGCGAUCCAGCCCAUAACAGUCCUACUGGCCCCGAGACAAGACCAUUAAGUCAAACUGAAGUUUCUCAGAAAUUAAAAGAUCAACUUGGAUACACGCUUAAUGUUAAACCUUCUCAAAUAUCUCACAAGGAUGCUGGUCAGGGUGUUUUCCUAGACGGCACAGUAGACGUUGGUGCUGUGGUGGCCUUUUAUCCUGGUGUAGUCUACUCUCCAGCUUAUUAUCGUUACAUUCCUGGGUACCCAAAGGUUGAUGCACAGAACCCCUAUUUGAUUACAAGAUAUGAUGGGAAUGUUAUCAAUGCCCAACCUUGGGGUUUUGGAGGUGACAACCGAGAACUGUGGAAUGGUAGAAAAAUAGGAGAAAUCAAGGCUGACAUGAAAGGAGCUGAACCUGAGAGAGGUUCAGACAGGCUAUGGAAACUGCUGAGUAAGCCUUUGGAAGGAAACCAAGGUGAUAACAGAGAAGUAAUUGAGCGUAGAAACCCAUUAGCUUUGGCUCAUUUUGCCAAUCACCCUCCAAAAGGGGUGCUACCAAAUGUCAUGAUUUGCCCUUAUGACUUUCCAUUGACUGAAAAUGACAUGAGAGUUUACAUUCCGAACGUUUUGUUUGGAAAUGCAGAAGUAAAUAUGAGGAAGUUUGGCAGCUUUUGGUUCAAAACUGGAGGGUCAAGAAAUAGUGGAUCACGAGUUCCAACACUGAAAACUCUUGUUUUGAUAGCUACUAGGGCUGUCCAAGAUGAGGAACUACUCUUGAACUACAGGCUGAGCAACACUAAACGUAGACCAGAAUGGUACACUCCAGUGGAUGAAGAAGAAGACAGGAGAAGAUGGAGCUAGUUAUCGUUUGACUUCAGACUCCCAUUGUUGAUUUGUCUCAAUGAAAAGGAAGUUGUAUUUGUAAUCCUAUUUUUCUUGAUACAACGAAUGAUGAAGUUUU